AUGCAAAUCGAGAUUUCUCGAUACUGCUACUUCGAUGAUGAGAUGAUUCCUCUUCUAACGCCCGUUCAAAUUGCUGCAAAGGUUAACAAUCCGGGCCUUGUCCACAUGUUGCUCCAGCACGGAGCAUCUGCGAUGGCUUGCCCGGUCUCCGCACAUCCUGAUUUCAAACUUUAUUUUUCUCGUCGAGCUGAAGAAGACUGGAACGUGACACAGAGAUAUAAGCCUCGGUAUGACAGCAGGCAAAAGGUGUACACUGCUCUGCAAUACGGAGCUCUAAACCAAAAUAUGGAGAUCAUCGCACUUUUGAUGUGUACAGGAGUUGCUCCAGACUCCCGAGUUGCACCUUAUGUAAAUGACACACCCUUGCAAAUGUCCACAAGGUUAGGCAAUGUCGAAAUGUUUCGACUGCUUUGGAGUUGGGGUGCUGAUUUAGAUGCCCCCCCUGCGGCUCGCAAUGGCCGCACUGCAGUGCAAGGGGCAGCAGAAAGCGGAAACUUGAUGAUUCUGUUGAUGCUUCGGCGAGCUGGCGCGCAGAUAAAUGAACCCGCUGGAGCAGAACAAGGCAUGACUGCAUUGCAGGCCGCCUGUUUGAAUGGUAAUUCUCUAAUAGCUGGGGUUUUGCUCGCCCAUGGGGCGGAUUUAAACCUAGGUCCAUCGUCGGUGGAGGGCUUAACAGCUAUCCAGGCAGCAGCCGCGCACGGUGACAUACGGCUUGUGAGAGAUCUGGUUACACUUGGGGCGGAGGUGAACGCCCCGGCAAGCGAGGGAGGCAUGACCGCUCUUCUAGCUGCUAUAAAGCACGAAUCUCUGCCACUUCUCGAGUUACUAGUGCAGCAUGGCGCGGAUGUUAACGCAACCGGAGCGUAUGGGUUCCUGUCUCCACUUACCGAAGCGGCCAGUCGAAAUUGGCUCGGAGGAGUACAAUUCCUUUUGGAACAUGGUGCGAAUGUUAAUGACACUCCGUUUGACCUAGCAAUGUCAGAUGAAAGUGAGGAAUAUGCUCCAAGGGAACUAUUAAGCCCUCUGGGCUGGGGCAUCAAAAGCUUGUCCUUGAAGAUGGUAGAUAUAUUGUUGCAGCAUGAUGCCGAUGUUCUUGUAGCAGUUAUAUACAAUCAAUCUGUCUCUCGAAGCGCACUGAUGCAUGCAAUACACGAAGGAUCAAGUCAUGAAGUUAUUGACUUGCUUCUAACAAAGGUCCCCGGCUUGCAAAAUCAUCCUGGAUGGGAAGACGCGUUUAAGGUUGCUCUAGUGGAUUCCUUUGAAGUUGACACGAUUUAUUGUCAACGAAUACUGGCGAAAGUAAACUCACUGCCGCCGUUGCUUCGACACAGAGCAAUCCAGAAGGCAUGGGAUGCACUGUCUUCAUAUGACGAUGAUUUGAAUGAUGCUGACGAAACCUUGGUGGAGACUAUUGAGCUUCUCAUUGAAUCAGGAGUAUCUUUAGACUCUCGCGCUGAGGAUGGAUGCACUCUUCUUCUGCGUGCAGCUUAUUAUGGUUAUGACAAAUCCUGCACUUCCCUUAUUGCCCAUGGUGCCGCUGUUAACAUUUACCCAACAAAUGAUUGGGGAACACCUCUUCAGGAGGCUAUCAAUUCGAGUCACGUCAACAUAGCGAACGUUUUACUAGAGCAUGGAGCAGACAUAAAUGCCCCCCCAGCAGAGAACAGAGGCGUUACUGCGCUCCAGGCGGCUUCCAUCAAUGGGAUGUUUGAACUGGCUGUACGGCUUCUUGACCGUGGAGCAGACGUCUCUGCACCAGCUGCACCGAGAAACGGCAGGACAGCAAUUGACGGCGCUGCAGAGCGUGGCCAUUUUGAUAUGGUUCAAUUGCUUUUGAACGCCUAUGGGAAAGAUGCCGAUCUGGAGCCGGUACGUCGUCAGGCGGCGAACUAUGCGGAAAAGGAAGGUCAUCUUGAGAUUUCCCAAUGGUUACGUGGGUUUUCGGCGGGUUAA